GUUCUCAAGCCCGCAUCUUCCCCUUUCGCGCAGGCACUGACGGCCUAGCAGAGCCAACAUGCCGGUGGCCAGGAGCUGGGUUUGUCGCAAGACCUAUGUCACCCCGCGGAGACCCUUCGAGAAAUCCCGUCUCGACCAGGAAUUGAAGUUGAUCGGCGAGUACGGGCUUCGGAAUAAACGUGAAGUCUGGAGGGUCAAGUUUACCCUGGCUAAGAUCCGCAAGGCUGCUCGGGAGCUGCUGACGCUGGAUGAAAAGGACCCACGACGUCUGUUCGAAGGCAAUGCCUUACUGCGUCGGCUUGUUCGCAUUGGGGUGCUGGAUGAGGGCAAGAUGAAGCUUGAUUACAUCCUGGGUUUGAAGAUUGAGGAUUUUUUGGAGAGGCGCCUACAGACUCAGGUCUUUAAGCUGGGAUUGGCCAAGUCCAUCCACCAUGCCCGUGUGCUCAUCCGCCAGCGCCACAUCAGGGUUCGCAAACAGGUGGUGAACAUCCCGUCCUUCAUAGUGCGCCUGGACUCCCAGAAGCACAUUGACUUCUCCCUCCGCUCUCCCUAUGGGGGAGGCCGCCCAGGCCGUGUGAAGAGGAAAAAUGCCAAGAAGGGCCAGGGUGGGGCUGGAGCCGGGGAUGACGAGGAGGAGGACUGAGCCCACCCUGGCUGGGCUGGAUGAUUGUCUAGUUUUCCAGUCAAUAAAACAAUCAACACUU